CGAAAGGCGCACGGCAAUGACGUCACGGGCGCGCAGAGCCUCGCGGACGGUGUCUGGCGCGGCUCAGUAAGGCUUGUGGACUUGGCGAACCCUGAGGAAGGAGGGAGAGUCUGUAAAGUUCAACUGCUGCGAGAUGAAAACAGUCUUACUUCGCACCAAGCCAGAACAGAUACACUGAAGAAAUUAUCAGAAAAGAGUAAUACAUAGGCUUUAGCAGAGGAAGAAUGAUCGAGCACACCCUCUCAUUGUGCUACCACAACAAACUCAUCUUAGCCCCUAUGGUUCGGGUAGGCACCCUCCCCAUGCGGCUGCUGGCCCUGGACUAUGGAGCGGACAUUGUGUACUGUGAGGAGCUGAUUGACCUCAAGAUGCUUCAGUGCAAGAGAGUUGUCAAUGAGGUGCUCAGCACAGUGGACUUUGUCGCCCCUGAUGACCGAGUAGUCUUCCGCACCUGCGAAAGAGAACAGAACAGGGUUGUCUUCCAGAUGGGGACUUCAGAUGCGGAGCGAGCCCUUGCAGUGGCCAGACUUGUGGAAAAUGAUGUGGCUGGUAUUGAUGUAAACAUGGGCUGUCCAAAAGAGUAUUCUACCAAGGGAGGAAUGGGAGCUGCUCUGCUGUCAGACCCUGACAAGAUUGAGAAGAUCCUUAGCACUCUUGUUAAAGGAACCCGCAGACCCGUGACCUGCAAGAUUCGCAUCCUGCCAUCGCUGGAAGAUACCCUGAGCCUUGUGAAGCGGAUGGAGAGGACUGGCAUCGCUGCCGUCGCAGUUCAUGGCCGGAAGCGGGAGGAACGACCUCAGCACCCUGUGAGCUGUGAAGCCAUCAAAGCCAUUGCUGAAACCCUCUCCAUUCCUGUCAUAGCCAAUGGAGGAUCUUACGACCACAUCCAAAAGUAUUUGGACAUAGAGGACUUUCGACAAGCCACAGCAGCCUCUUCGGUGAUGGUGGCCCGAGCUGCCAUGUGGAACCCAUCCAUCUUUCUCAAGGAGGGUCUGCGACCCCUGGAGGAGGUCAUGCAGAAGUACAUCCGAUAUGCCGUGCAGUAUGAGAACCACUACACCAACACCAAGUACUGCUUGUGCCAGAUGCUACGAGAACAGUUGGAGUCGCCACAGGGAAGGUUGCUCCAUGCUGCCCAGUCUUCCCAGGAAAUUUGUGAGGCCUUUGGUCUUGGUGCCUUCUACGAGGACGUGACACGGGAGCUAAAUGCCCGGCGGGCUGAGCUCUUGGCCCGGACCCCAGAGGCUGUGGGGGAGCCAGCUGAAGACCCCUCUGGUGUCAUUAAGAUGGCUGUCAAGUUUGACCGGAGAGCAUACUCACCCCAGAUCACCCCCAAGAUGUGCCUGCUGGAGUGGUGCCGGAAGGAGAAGUUGGCGCAGCCUGUGUAUGACACGGUUCAGCGCCCCCUGGAUCGCCUCUUCUGCUCUGUUGUGACUGUUGCUGAGCAAAAGUACCAGUCCACCUUGUGGGACAAGUCUAAGAAAUUGGCGGAGCAGGCUGCGGCCAUCGUCUGUCUGCGGAGCCGGGGCCUCCCUGAGGGUCGGCUGGGCGAGGAGAGCCCCUCCUGGCACAAACGCAAGCGGGAGGCCACUGACCAAGACCCUGGGGGUCCCAGAAAUCAGGAGCAAGCGGUGCCUGGGGAGCUGUGCAAGAAGCUCUUUGUGGCCUUGGGAAGUGGUGAAGAGAGCCCCCUGGAAGGCUGGUGACCAUUGUCCCUACCUUGGUCACCUGCUUCAGGACCCUGGCUGUAAGAUGUCUGUGGGUGCAGAGCAUGAACCAGAUGCCACUGGACAAUUCUCUGACUGUUCCUGGCAGGAGUUAGGAGGUCCUGACCUGGGCCAUCAGCCUGGAGCACAGGCUAAAGGGUGCCUAGAGUGCACAUCUCCCUUGGUGGGUCUGAGUAGCAAGGCCAAAUUCCCAGUGACCUCAGUAUUUUCUUUGAAAACAGGAGCUUCUCAGGUGGCACCUCCUCAACCUGACAUUGGUACAGUGCAAUAAAGAUCCCCCUACCCUUACCCAUGGCUGGCUGCUUUAGCCUUGGGCAUCUUCACACACAGA